AAAAUACUUUACACUAGUGCACAUCUCCCUUCAAUUCACUUCACUAAAUAACAACUAACAUUAUUCUCAUGGCUCCAAAACACCACAUUCUUCUACCUUUUAUCCCUCUCUUUUUUAUCUCCCUACACCAUAUUAGUUUAUGGAGUGUAGCCACUGAUCCACAACAAGCAUAUGAAUCAUGGUUAAAUUGGAAUGUCCAAAACCACCGCCAGAGGAGGCCGCACACCCUUCCUCAGCCGAACACGGCCGUGACACCAGCAGGUCCGAGCAAGGAUUUAGAUGUGAAGCUAAAAAACGCCGAGACAAAUAAAGUAAGAUUGACUGUUAACCAAAAUGGAACAGGAGAUUACAGAACAAUAACUGAAGCAAUUGAUAAUAUUCCAUUGCGUAACACUAGAAGAGUCAUCUUAGAUAUCAGUCCUGGUAUCUAUCGGGAAAAGAUACACAUCCCUAAAACAAAGCCAUUCAUAAGCUUUGUGGGAGACUCGAGUAAUCCACCAACCAUAACUGGAAAUGACACGGCCUAUGUGACCCAUGAUGGCACGCCAUUGCACACCUUCCAGAGCGCUACUGUUGCUGUUGAUGCCGACUACUUCGUCGCCCUCAAUAUUAUAUUUGAGAACACGGCUACACAUGAAGUAGGGAAAGCGGGGGAGCAAGCAGUGGCACUAAGGAUAUCAGGCACCAAAGCUUCCUUUUAUGAGGCUAGUUUUUAUGGGUCACAAGACACACUUUAUGAUCACAAAGGUCUUCACUAUUUCCGCAAUUGCUUUAUUCAAGGCUCCGUUGACUUCAUCUUUGGUUAUGGAAGAUCAUUCUACGAGAAUUGUACAAUAAACUCAAUAGCAAAGAAAGUGGCAUCAGUAACAGCCCAAAAGAGGAGCAAAUCAUCAAUGGAAAGUGGGUUUUCUUUCAAAGAUUGUAAGGUCACUGGAAGUGGUCUGGUUUACUUGGGAAGAGCAUGGGGUGAUUAUUCAAGGGUCGUUUAUUCUUUCUCUUUCCUCGACAAACUUGUUCUCCCUCUUGGCUGGAAUAACUGGGGUAAAUCUAACCGCGAUAAGAGUGUGUACUAUGGAGAAUAUAAAUGUAGUGGGCCGGGAUCAAACAUGACGGGAAGAGUGCAUUGGGCUCGGGCCCUAACAGACAAAGAGGCUGAGCCUUUCAUUGGGACUUAUUAUGUUGAAGGCGACACUUGGCUCAUUAGCCCAUCAAACUAAAAUGAUACUACUGCCUCUUUCUCUUUUAUUUUCAAUAAUCUCUCACUACUGCUUACCUAACACACUUUAAAUUCCUUGCAAAUUUUUUCUGAAAUAUUUUCUGCUUAAUAGUAGACUAUGGCACUAGCAAA